CAUCGACCCGUGCAUCUAAGGGGAGAUAGAGGUCACCGCGCGCGAAACUGCACCCUUAGGCAUCGCAAGUGAUCGCCUCCCACGCGUUUUUGCAGCGUGAGUCCUGCGCAGCGCCUGCUGCAGCCGCAAGCUAGCCAUGUCCGCCUGGUUUAGUGCAGCCGAGGCGCCGCCGACCGAGGCGUCGCCGGCGGCGGCGCUCGACGAGGCCGCGCUGCUCCUGAAGUCGUUCACGCGCGACGAGGCCGAAUUAGGCGCGCGGGCGCCCUUGCCGCGACUCGACGGCUACGUCUUCGUCUUAUUUAUUGCAGCGCAGCUCGCGCUGAACUGGGCGCUGCGACUCAUAAUAGCGCGGCCAUUGGCGAAUUUCUUAUUAGCCACGCCAAAACGACCGACAAGGGCCUUAAGAAGGAUGGUCGUCAAGUUCUCCCAGGCUUGUUUGGAGCUGCUGGUCUACGGCUCCUUCGCGUUAAUAGGUCUAGUGAUAGUGCCGUCGCAGCCGUGGUUCUGGCCCUCGAAGCACUGGUGGAUCGGGUUCGCGGACGGGGGCCACGAGGUCAUGCGCGAUGACCUGCGGUGUUACUACUUGCUGUAUGGGGCUCGAUACGUCGCGGGCUUCGUCAAUGUCCUAUUGGAGCCAAAAAGGAAGGACUUCGUGGAGAUGCUGCUGCACCACGCCGUUACUGUUGCCGUGGUGGGCAUUUCGUACCUAUAUGGAUGGAACCGCGUGGGCUGCGUCGUCAUGCUUUUGUUGGAUCCGGCCGAUGUCCCUCUACACCUCGCGAAGAUGUUCAAGUACGUGAGCGACGCGCGGGAAUCCAGGGACAAAAAAUUAGCUCAAAGAUGCACGUUCUGCGCCGACCGCGUCUUCGAGUUGUUUGCGUUGGUAUUCCUCGUAACGCGCAUCGCGAUGUAUCCCUACGUCUGCUGGAGCGCGCACGUCGAGGCGACGCGCUACUUCCCGAAAGGUUUACCGGAAUGGACCUGCGUGGCCUUAUUGUGGACGUUGUACGGGCUCCAGUGCUACUGGUUCUACCUCAUCAUCAAGGUCGCGGUGCGCAUGAUGGCGACGGGCCGCGCGGAGGACGUCCGAUCGGACGACGAGGACGACGACCCCAAGGACCAGUAGAGUUUCGUUAUCGGGGGUGGUAAUAUUAACCGGAAG